GUUACGUAAUUUUAAUGCCUGCUGAGAAACAGAGUAUAAAAGUAAUCUCUGUCUAGUGUUGUCUAUAGAACUUGCUUAAGACUACAGUGCUCAGCACAACUAAAUCUAACAGCUGAAGAAUAAAAGAAGCUCAACUAUUGCCAUGGAAACCAAGAGAAAUAUCCUAGCUGUUUUGGCUUUCUGCCUGUUGUGUACAGCAGUGACUGAAGGAAUGUCGCUGGCAAGAAUUUCAGAGCUCAGAUGUCUAUGCAUAAAAACAGAAUCAACAUUCAUCCAUCCUAAACAUUUUCAGAAUGUUGAACUUAUUCCUAAAGGCCCAAACUGCCCAAAUGUGGAAGUUAUAGUGACUCUAAAAACUGGACAGGAAGUAUGCUUAAACCCCUCUGCUCCAUGGGUUGAAAAGAUCAUCAAAAGAAUUCUUGACAGCUCCAAGACUAAUAAGACUUUUUAAUAAAAGAAGCUCAUCCGAUGAUCACUAACAAGAAUCACACAGCAUCUGAAAGGAGAUUUUAUUACAUGAUUAGGAAGCUGGCACUUCCUACUGCAUAUAAUGCAGAAUAAUUCCUCACAAAUUAUUUAUUUACAUAUUUAUACAGAAAUUAUGAUCAUCCCAAACUGAAAACCAAGGCAAUAUAUUUUGUUAUAUAGUGAUUUAAUUAUGUGGAAUGUAUAAAAAACGUUUACAUGUAUGUUUGUAUGUAAUACAGUAUUUAUGUAUGCAUGUGUGAAUGUGUAUAUAUUUAUGUAUGUAUGUAAUAUGUAUGUAUGUAAGUCUAAGAAAAUGAAUGUUAUAUACACUAUGCAAAUUGUGUUUCAACAACUUGCUCCUAUAAGUGCUUUAAACAAAUCAUCACAGCUAAAAGCUAAAUUACAUUAAAACACACGCACACAUUUCAGUAUCCUGAAAAAACUUGAUGUGUUCUCUGCAAGCAGAGGGCAAAAUAUUGUUUUAUUAUAAUGUACUUAUGCUUUGUUACCGUGGUACUGUUUGAUAUGAUUUCUAGGACUUUUGAACUUUUAAUACAAAGUGUGGAAUUGUAAAUUAUUUAUUUUCCUGAAAGAUUAUAUUAUUUAUUAUUUAUUUGUAUGGCCACUUCUGAUUACCAUAAAGAAAAAAAACUAUUAAAUUGUU